AUGUUUGUAGGCUAUAAAUCCUACAAACACUUCUACUGCCAUACUAACUCUUUUGUGUUUGUGAAUCUUAGUGGUCCAGAGACAGUGAAGAGAAACGAGUCCAUCUCAGGGAUUUACGUCUUCUACCAGAUGUUCACUGUUGGAUCUUCUAUCCUGGGACCUGCCUCUGUGACUCUCAUGAUAGCAAGUGCUUUCCAGUUCGUCUUCAGACUCACUGGUACACUCUCCAUCGUCGUCGCGUGCGUUCCCCCCGUGUUCUACAUCCUCAUUUGCUUUUUAACCAAGUCGAAUACCCAAAUAACCAUUGCCGGCAUCAUGAGUGUUCUGUAUGCAUUCCUCAUGACUGCGUCCUUCUUUUCCAUCAUUGGUGACAUGGUGAUUCAGCAAACCUUCUUGACCCCCACUGGAUUGUUUUUGAUUUCAAUGGCAAUCAUGUACUUGAUAACAGCUUUACUCCACCCUGAGGAGUUUUUCUUGAUUAUCUAUGGUCUGAUGUAUUUCAUCUGCAUCCCCAGUGGAUAUCUCCUUUUGACCAUCUACUCGCUGGUUAACAUGAACAAUGUGUCCUGGGGCACAAGGGAAACCAACAAGGGAGGUGUAGAGCAGAAGAAACUACACAAUCUUCUCUGUGACAAAACCUGUAGAUGCUGCUGCUGGGACAUGAAGAUACAGGUAACCCAGGAAACAGAGCAUCUGAUAUUUCAGCAGCUCGCGGGUCAGAUUAUACAGCACAUCCCAGCCAAUCCAAUCACCCAAAACGAAACACCUCUACACCCAGCCUUAAUGCUGGAGCCUCACACCAAACAACACGCCAAGAAAGAAGAAGCCAAGGAAGAGAUUGCAAGACCUCUAGUUGAUGAUUUGAGGAAGAAGGCAGCAAAGAGCAGUGACCUGGGUUCCAGUAGCAGUGACGAUGGUGCUGAAAACAGGAGCAUGAGUUCAUCUGAUGAAGAAGACAGUGAUCAUGAUGAUGACUAUAUGAUUCGUGAGGCAGAGAUUCCCGCCGCUGACUGGGUGCACCCAGUGAAGGAAGAAUUUCUGAAAAAGCUGACAUACUUCAACAUGAAGAGAAAUCUACAAGAACAAAUACGAUAUGCACUCCGUAACAAAGAUUACGAUGAAGUGUGCGAAGACUUGGUGCUGAUGUUAACAGACACACUCAAUGUAGAGCUCAAUUCAGUGGGGCCUGAAGACGUUCUGUCAGACUAUCAGCUGGAGGAGUUACAACUUGCACUAAACAGACAGGCACGGCAAACCCUUAAGACCAAUCGAAUGGAGAAGUUGGAAAAGAGAGUAAAGCUAGCCAUUGAGAAAACACUCGCUGCCCCACAAGUGCAAAAGCUAGAAGAGAAUGAGAACGACUUCUGGAACAAGCUAAUCGAGCGCUACCUGAAACCAAUCAGUCACUCUAAAGAACAUCAGGAGGAAGUCAACAGAGAACUAAAGUCACUGAGAAACAAGGCCGUCUUCCUCUAUUUCAUCAUAAACGUGCUCUGGGUGGUAGCUACCUUCUUCUUGCAGGCCAUUGGAAAUGAUGUCAUCAGCAUCAGGAUCCCAAAGUAUUAUCCCAAUGGAACUAAAAGUGAUGAAUUCCUCAAGGUGGAGCCUCUCACUUUGAUGUUUCUGUUGUCUUUUGCUAUUCUUCUCAUUGUGCAGUUUCUGGCCAUGUUAUAUCACAGAGUCUACACCCUGAUCCAUGUGGUGUCCUAUCGCAGCUCAGAGAAAAACUACAAAGAGAAAGACGAAGACGACACUGGUGAUGACCACUUCAUUAUGGAGAACCCCGCACACAAUGAAAUUUUCCUGACAACUGAAGACCUGUAGUCAGAAACAAGAUGUAGCUGCAGAGACGCAACAACAAGCCGAAAGUGGCAUCAUUAGCAAGCUUUUUCCCACCUCAGGGCUGUUUCCUCCACUGUGGUUCAUUUUCCUCAGGUUUCACUGUGCAUUAAACACGGUACAUUCUGGUCAUGAUCAUAGCACACACUGUCACACAGUCCUUGUAGACAUCCCAUGUCUUUAGCUUUCCAUCACAGGAAAUAAUUUACUUUUUAUCUAUUAUGUAGCAGCUGUUUUGCCUCCCGGUAUAAUCCAGCAGGGGAGGCCAAAUGGCACAGGGGAAAUCAGUCAGAACAGAUCCAAUAAACUUUGUUUGUCAUUGCACAAUGAAUUAUUAACAUGUGAGAAUGGGACCUAACACAAUAAUAUCAAAGGAUGGAGUGAUUUUAAUGAUUGGCUGUUUAAUUUUAAUAUAACUGCUUGUAAGAUUGCUGUUUUUGCUAUCAGAACUAUAGUUGAAUCCAUCAGGUUUACUGAUUUUGCAUCUCACUAUAAAACAGAUUUUUUUUAAAAGCUCUUUGAAUAAGAUGCAUUUUAAGUUUACUGAAAAAUCUGUGUAAAUCCUGUUAUUGUUCUUCUUCAACUAUUGCAUCCAAAUCAAUAAAACUAUAAUACUGGGCUAGAUGUAGAGAGGAGUAUAAUAUUUUCACCUGUCUGGGUAUUUAUGAAAAGUGUAUAUCUAAAUCCUUGGUCAAUAUUAAAAUAUUGACAGGUACUUGAAUGUGCAGGAAACAGUGCCAGUAAUGCAAUAUUUGCACAUAGACUGUUGUUAAGAAAUUCUUUUAGUUUAUUUUAUAUUGUGGUGUAAUUAAACUGUGUUGCCCUUCCAAUAUUGUGUCAGUAUAUUGUGAUUAUGUUUGCCAAGUACAGCGAUGCGCUAGACAAA